CCGCAAGAUGGCGGUGGGGUGGGAGGGCCGCCCGCUGUAGCUCCGGGGAGCGGUGCCCGGCCAUGGCGGACCUGGGCCGGCAGCUGCAGGAGUACCUUGCGCAAUCGAAGGCCGCUACUGCCGCCAACGCGAGCCCUGCGCCGCCGCUCGCAGGCUGCUCGCAGGAGGAGCCAGCGGGGAGCGGCGGCCUGGGGGCCUGGCUGGGCCCGCUGAACCCUUUCUCGCCGGGCCGCGGCGACCCCCCUGCGGCGGUCAGCUCGGGCCGGGGCUGGGGCUGGCCGUGGGCCGCCGAGGCGGACCCCUGCCUGCCGGGGCUGUCGCGCUGGCAGCGGCUGGCAGGGAGCGGGCUGUGCCUGCUGCUGGCCGCCCUCUGCUUCGGGCUGGCCGCGCUGUACGUGCCGCUGCUGCUGCUCCGAGCCCGCAAGUUCGCGCUGCUCUGGUCGCUCGGCUCGCUCUGCGCCCUGGGCGCCGCAGCCCUGCUGCGCGGGCCCGCCCGCCUGCUGCGGGAGCCCAGCCGCGGCUCCCUGCUCUACCUCGGCGCCCUCGGCGGCACCCUCUACGCGGCGCUGGGGCUGCGCAGCACCCUCCUGACGGCGCUGGGCGCCGCGACCCAGCUGGGCACCGCCGCCGCCGCGCUCCUGGCCGCGCUGCCCGGGGGUGCCGCCGGCCUCCGCCGCCUCGGCGACCUCCUGUGCGCUGCGGUGCGGCAAAGCGGGGGCAAAGCGCUGCCGGUGUGAGCCCCGCGCCGCAGCCCGGCGGGACUCUGACGGAGGGACUGAGAGACUGGCGCCCGGCGGGGCACGGAGGCGCCUCUCCGAGACGGGGAUGAGGAUGGCGCCGUCUGCGCGCCGCUUCCUUCAUCUCCUUUCGUUGCUGCUGGGCUUUCUUCGCCAGCUCCUGAACGAGAAGAACAGCGGCUGGCACCCGCGAGCGGCACCGGGGACUCUAAACGCGUUGUCUGUGCUCAGGUGUGACGGGCUUGGUGCCAGCUGAGCACAGGAUUCUGCCUAACUGCAAGGGCAGCUCCGUAGCCGUGGUCUGGAGGCUCUCCGGCUCGGGUAGGAGCUGGCAGCAUCCCACUUCCGUACCUCCAGUCUAGGACCAUAUGGCUGCUGCAGCCUGCUUCAAAACGUGAGUGAGAUUACGGAGCCAGUGAAACGUAAGGAUUGACCUGCCCAUGACAUGAAAAGCAAGUGUCUUACAGCUGAGGCUGCAGGGCUGGUUGGUGUUGAAACGUGGGGACAGCUUAGUGAAAUCUGGUCAAGUGUCAGGGUCAAAGUUCAGAACAGUUAGGUGCUAUUUACUCGUUAUUGUGCUGACCCGUACACUCUGAACACAGUUCAGUUGCUGAGUGGUGCAGUCAUCGGCCAUGUCAGACCAGUGGUGAAUAUGAAUACAGUUUCCACUCAACUGCAUUCCUCUCUAAAACCCCAGUCUUUAAAAUACCAUCCAGUCAGUGGAACAAACUUUCCUGGGGCUGUGGGUCACAAAGACUGCCAUAACUGUAAGGGUGGUCUCAGUGCAUGACAGUGAUGGGAUGAAAGGUGCUAAUCUUAGGUAAGAGCCUUAAGUCUUUGAAGAUAUUGCUGCUGCCUUACAGCUGCUGUAACAGUUGGGCUUUUCAAGGGUAGCUUCAGCUCUUAGAACUUAAUUUAGAUAUACAUGUAUUUUGAUAUUUCAGCUUAGGCAGGAAUUGCUUACUUGUCACAGUGUGACCUUCAGAAAUAAGACUUGCUAGUAAUUAGGGCUUGUGUCAGCCAACACAGCUCAGUUUCAAUGCAGAAGCUAAGCAGCCUUAAGAAGGUGCUGAAUUCAGGCUGACAGUCCCUGCUGGGAGCCUGGUGCUUCAGUUUGGGCUGUGUACUGCACUAAUGCACAUAAAGGGGAAUACCAGGCCUAACCUGCUCAGAGCCUGAGUAUCUCACUGAAUAUAUGUGCCUCAUAUACUAAAUAAAGCUAAACAGUGCAAUAUAUACCUGAUAUCACUGCUUAGUGUAUUCACCUGAUACUCCGAAUUAAACUGAAAUUGUUAAAUGGGGGUACCUAAAUGUACAGAGAUUACUUUAAUAAAACCACUCGUGUACCAAAUUUCAAUACA